UUAAUCGAUAUUUCAAUAAAAAGUAGAAAUACCUGCUGUUCUUAUCGUAAGAGUUAUAUAAUAUAUUUAAAAAAAUGUUAUCUGAUUUUAUGAUCUAAUAAGAAUAACCUCAAAAAAUGUAAUAAACAGUUUCUAUCCACGUAAGCAAAAGUUCAGAGUUAUUUGAAAAUUUUGUGGUAACCGCUAUUAUUGUAAUUGAAAGGUUGUCAUUCGAUAAAUAACAGUAGAUAAAAAAAAAUUAAUAAAUAUACGUAUACCAAUAGCGUAACUCAACGUGUACAAGUCUAUAUGUCAUAUGUUACAUCAAUAUCACACAAAUGCUAGAAAAAUCGUAAUGACGAACAAGAAUCAACACUAUCGUUCGCAUAAAAUAUCCCUAAAUCGCACAAGUGAAACAGCUGAUUCAGCAAUCAUAGAUUUUAUGUUUCUAAAUUAAUUAAUUUAAAUAACUUAUUUAUUUUUUUUAUAAUCAAUUGUUAAAUAACAUAUCUUGCUGGGUUGAUCACUGAAGAACAUAGUAUGUAAACACCUGAAUUAUUCAAUGUCUGAUAAAAACAAGCUGCUACUAUGUCCACGUAUGUGCUUACGUUUGUUGAUAACUGAUAAUAAAGUAUCUAAAAGUGAAUAAUAUACAGUAAAAAACGAUAUAUUCGUUAUGUGUGAAUGGUGUUAAAAUAGGAAAAAAUAUGAAGUUGGGUCAUAAAUUUGUAUUUCUACUUUGGGUAGCUUUUUUAAUGCUAUCCACAGCAGAGUUGACCGGGAAUAAAGAGGAAGAAGAUGAAGAUAGUUCAAAAAUACAAAGUGAUAAUAAAAAUAUGAUAGAUGAGUUUGAUGAUGACGAUGAUUUCGAGACAAUUUAUAAACAAUUACGUCAAGACCAAUCAUUUAGAGAUUCUAUUAUUAAUUUAGUACCGGCGACAGAUUCUGUUCUUACAGAAACGACAUCCAAACGAUCUAAAGAUAGUUCAAAUGAAAAUGAAGAAUCAGAUAAAGAAUUAGAUAAUUCUGUAGGAACAACGGCAUUAUUACAUAUGAUUGCUAAAAAAAUAGCAUUGGACUCUUUAACAAGUUUAUCUAAGGGUGUAGAAGAAGUUCCAACGUGGGAUGAUGAACCAGAAGAAGAGAUCGUUGAAGAAGAACCUAAAGAACCUUUGACUCCCGAACAAGUAGAAGCUGAAGAAUUAUUUCAAAAAGCACAAGCUUUGCUUAACGCCACGAGAAGUAAUAAAGCGGAAGCUUAUAAGCUAAUAUCAGGGGCAGCGACACUUGGUCAUGCAGAAGCAAGGUCAAUGUUGGCGUGGGCUCAACUACUUGGAACACAAACUGGACUUCCAUCGGCAACACAAGAUAUUCCAGCUGCUUUACAAACAUUUAAAGAAUUAGUACAAACCGGUUUACCUUCAGCUCAUAUGGGAAUGGGAUUUUUUUAUGCCAUGGGUCUUGGAGGAGUAAACGCAUCCCAAGCAAAAGCUUUAUUGCAUUACACUAUCGGAGCAAUUGGUGGAGAUACUCGAGCGCAAAUGGCAAUUGGAUAUCGUUAUUCUGCUGGUGUUUCUACGAUAAGUUCAUGUGAAAAAGCUUUAGAUUUUUAUCGUAAAGUAGCUAAUAAAGUUGCUGACCAAGUUACAUUAAGUGGAGGGCCAAUGAUUCAACGAAUCCGGUUGUUGGAUGAACAGGAAAAUCCUGAAUAUAACUCUGGAAUUUUGAAUGAUGAUUUAAUAGAAUAUUAUCAGCUAUUGGCAGAAAGAGGCGAUGUACAAGCACAAGUAGGAUUAGGACAGCUCCAUUAUCAAGGAGGCAGAGGAGUUCCUCUCGAUCAUCAACGUGCUCUUGAUUAUUUCCAACAUGCUGCAAAUGCUGGAAAUGCUAUUGCUAUGGCCUUCUUAGGAAAGAUUUAUUUAGAAGGAAGUGAUAUCGUCCAGCAAGAUAAUGAAACAGCUUAUAAAUAUUUUGCAAGUGCAGCAAUGUUAGGAAAUCCAGUUGGUCAAAGUGGAUUAGGUCUUAUGUAUCUUCAUGGAAGAGGUGUUGAAAAAGAUACUGCUAAAGCUUUGCAAUAUUUUAGUCAAGCUGCUGACCAAGGUUGGGUUGAUGGCCAGUUACAAUUGGGAAAUAUGUAUUUUAGUGGAAUUGGUGUAAAACGUGACUACAAACUCGCUAACAAAUAUUUUAGCCUUGCAAGCCAGUCUGGUCAUGUUUUGGCAUUCUAUAAUUUAGCUCAAAUGCAUGCCACUGGGACAGGAACAAUGCGUAGUUGUUCGACAGCAGUGGAAUUAUUUAAAAAUGUUGCAGAGCGAGGGAAAUGGAGUAGUCAACUGAUGACAGCACACACUGAUUACCGUGAAGGUAGAAUUGAUCAAGCGUUUAUCAGAUAUGCUCUUCUGGCAGAAAUGGGAUAUGAAGUAGCACAAAGCAAUGCUGCAUUCAUAUUAGACAGAGAAGAAACUACUGUCGUUACUCCAAAAGAUGGAUUAGUGAUGGCAUUGGGCUUUUGGGCUCGUGCUGCUGCUCAAAGCUAUUCUCCGGCUUGGGUAAAACUUGGAGAUGCACACUAUUAUGGUCGAGGAACUCGUGUUGACUAUGAAGCAGCGGCUAGAUAUUAUCGUUUGGCGUCUGAUCAACAACAUAAUGCCCAGGCCAUAUUUAAUUUAGGUUAUAUGCAUGAACGUGGGCUUGGCUUGGCACGAGACCGACAUUUAGCUAAAAGGUGCUAUGAUUUAGCAGCGGAAGCGAGCCCUGACGCACGAAUACCUGUGGCAUUAGCUCUUAUCAAAUUGUUUUUCUUAUUUGGUCUUGACUAUUUCCAAGAAUUCAGUUUUUCUGAACAUUUGAACAAAUGGGACCAGUUAUUCGGUCAAAACUGGGAUUUAUAUCUUAUUGGAGUGUUUACGGGCAUGUUGAGUCUUAUCAUAUAUUUCCGAAGGCCGCAACCUCCUCAACAACAACAACAACAACAACAACAACAACAACAACAACAACAACAGAAUCAACAACAACAAAAUCAACCACCACAACAACGGGACAGAGCAAAUGCGCAACCUGUUAACUAGUUGAUUUGCAAAUUUAAAAAUCGAGUUCAGAGUCAAUUGUUCGAUUUAUCAUUUUUCAGUAUCAACUUCACAACUGUUUUGUUAACUUUUUUAUUACAUCAAUAACUGUAUAAAUUAUAAACAUAAAUAAUUUUUAAGAAAUCACUGAUACUACUGACUUUGUAUACUUUUUUGGUGUGAUACUAAUAAAAAUUGACUCUGAUCUCAGUUUUAUUUGAGAUUACGUCGAAUUGUUGGUUUUUUGAACUAACUUAAGUUUCGAUGUUGCCAAGUGAGAAUAUUGUCAAGAACCAAAUACCUGUUAAUGACUGAAGUUUGUAUUAUGAAAAGAUAAAAGAGUGUAGAAAAAAACAAAUAAAUAAUUAAAUUCUUAUAAAGUUGUAUUCUCAUCCAUAA